AUGGCUCCUAAAACACAAACCACAGCCCUUUUCCUCUGCCUCCUCAUCUGCAUCUCCACCACCUCCUCCACCUAUGGCCGCAAAACCCAGCCACGCCGCCCCUGCAAAGAGCUCGUUUUCUACUUCCAUGACAUCCUCUACUUAGGAUACAAUCCCCACAAUGCCACUGCUGCCAUAGUUGCCUCUCCUAAAUGGGGAAACAAGACCGCCAUGGCUAAACCAUUCAAUUUUGGUGACUUGGUUGUGUUUGAUGAUCCCAUUACCUUAGACAACAAUCUGCAUUCGCCCCCAGUCGGACGAGCUCAGGGCAUGUAUUUGUACGAUCAAUGGAGUAUAUAUGGUGCAUGGCUUGGAUUUUCAUUUUUGUUCAAUUCCACUGAUCAUGUUGGAACACUAAAUUUUGCUGGAGCCGAUCCAUUGAUCAACAAAACUCGGGACAUUUCAGUAAUUGGUGGAACUGGUGAUUUCUUCAUGGCUAGAGGGGUUGCCACUGUGUCGACCGAUGCAUUUGAAGGGGAUGUUUAUUUCAGGCUUCGUGUGGAUAUUAGGUUGUAUGAAUGUUGGUAA